AAUCGAAGAGCGUCAGUUACACAGCAGACGGUCAAAGGUUACGCACGCAUCGCUCUCGGUGGAUAACCCACGCCUUGUUCUUGUUGACAUUCAUCUCAUUCGCCUGAUAUUGCGUAAACGAGAAGUAGAGCGAACGCCAAAGUUGCUCAAGGGUGCGACUUGGACGUGGUGUCUGAUGUAGACUCGGUUCUGAGCUGAUCCCGCGCGGUUCCUCCACUCCACACCGCUGACCUUCUAUCAUUUCUCGACAGCCGGGAAAGAGGCGCUGGUCGCGGGCAUGGAUGCCGUGUGGAUGCUCCCUGUGCUGCUGGUGCUCCCGCUCCUGUUAUUGACCAGCAGCACGUUCGUUUUCUAUUUCAAAAAGUGCUUCUAUGUGGCGUACAUGAUGCUGCUGGCCGUUAUCACCAUCCCGAUUUGCAUUCUUAAAAGCGGCGGCAGGGACAUUGAGAAUAUGAGGGUCAUCCGCUUCGUGGUUCGCCAUGUGAAGUACUUCCUUGGUCUGCGCUUUCAGGUCAGCGGUUGGGAACAUCUCCAGACAGAUGGACCAUACGUCAUCAUCUCCAACCACCAGUCAUCACUCGAUGUGCUAGGUAUGAUGGAGAUCCUGCCGGACCGCUGCACGAUGAUCGCUAAGAAGGAGCUGGUAUGGGCCGGGACAGUGGGCAUGGUUUGCUGGCUGGGAGGAAUCGUCUUCAUUAACCGCCAAAAGACCAGGGACGCCAAGAACGUCAUGAGCGAUGCCGCUAAAACCAUGUUGGCCGAUCAGAUCCGAUUGUGGGUGUUUCCAGAAGGCACACGGAAUCAGAACGGCGGGCUUUUGCCUUUCAAAAAGGGAGCGUUUCACCUGGCCAUUCAAGCACAGGUUCCCAUCAUACCCAUCGUCUUCUCUUCCUACAGCAACUUCUACCUACGGAAAGAGAAAGAGUUCAAAUCAGGAACCAUUACUCUGAAAGUCCUACCAAAGAUCGAGACAAAGGGACUGACGGCAGAUGAUGUGACGACGCUCUCCGAGAAAUCCUUCAGUGUCAUGCAUUCGGCCUUCAUGGAGAUCUCCAGCCAAACCACGCAGAGCAAUGGGCCGUCUUCCCACUGAGCGCCCUAUCAUUCGCUCCGACAACAAGGAUGGCUCGAGACCACGUCGUUGGUAAUCAUGCCAACCAGGCGCUUUAGUGUCCUCCCCGCGGUCCUCAUGAAGCAGGAACACAUGUCCAUACAGACAGACACAUGCAUUCACCUUGAAUACAGUACAUACAGCAGAUGUUAAUUUAGCCUAGUUUGAUCUUCCAUUGGACUCCAGGGGGCGCUAAGAGGCAGAACGGUGGGUUUUUCUGGCGUGCCGCUUUAACUGCGUCCUCUUUGAUGUUGGUUCGGACUGCUUUCGUUCAGCGACGGGUUGCGUUUUGCAGCGACGCCCUGAGAACAUCGUAGAUGUGCAUUCGACAUGCAUGCCUUUUUCUCUGUUUCUCUUCCUUCCUUUUGAUCUACCAAGACUCAUUUGUGUAGAUCGCCUUUUCCUCAAAGUACUUUGCUUGCAUUUUGGACAGCCAUCUGUAUGCGUUUUUCUUCUGUCAUUGUUUGCUUUUGUAUUCAAGUCUUAUGCAAGAGUAUUUUUCUUUAAAGACUUCCCUUUACUGUUUUAUAUAACUUUCAUUUAUUGACCAAAAAGAUUGAUUUGGAAAUGUCCUAUACAUUCCAGAGUAAAGCUUUUUGUGUCAUCACAAUUAAGGAUUCAGAAAAGGCAAACAGAUUUUGCGCUGCUGACUAUUAGCUCUGUUUCCUGUUUGCCAUUUAAAGGUUUAGUUUGUAACAAAUAUCUCUAUUGUCACCGUUAUCAAGUGUGGCUUAUUCCUGUGCCAUGUGUCCAAAGUGUCUCAGCCGCUGGCUGCGUAUAAUGGAGGAAUAUUGUGGGAAACACUAUUGAUGAUCUAUUCUUGAUGAUCAGGAUUGUUUGAUUAGUGUUUAGGAUCGCAAUACGUUCCAGUUUUUCUUUAGUUUAAUGCUUUGCUUCUUUCCUGUUUUGGUUUGUUUUCAGGCUACAAAAUACCAUUUUCAUUUAUAUAAAACAUUGUUCAAUCCUUUUCUUAAAACUAAAAUCCAUUUACAAGGGAAUUAUUAUUAUAAUAACUAAUGGAAAAAGUAUUAUCUAACAUGUUAUAUAGCCAGUUUAACUUAAAUGUGUUUAAGAGCCAUUAUUAUUCAGAUUUUGAAGGACAAACUACCGUACAUUUGUUUACAGAUGAUAUCAUUUUUCUUUCAAAACCUGCUGUAAAAUUGUCCCAUGGAGUUAUUAUAUUUUAAAUGGCUGAGGUUUGUAAUCUUUUUAAGUGGAUGUUGACCCGAGACAUCGAAAGAUGAACAUAAAAUGGUCAUGCACUUAUUUCUGAGGUCUGCUCCAUGAUCAGGUAUUAAACUUGACCCUGAACCUUAAGUUUAAAAUAGAUAUAUUUAAAUAUUUGAAAAUUAUGAAAAUGAUAAAUUAUUUAACGCAUAUUUAAUAAACCAGACUGUAUUGACACCUUAUGGCAGUAAAUUAAGAUUAAUAUUUGUAAUUACUUUCAAAGACAUUGUUGAAUUUUAUAUUUAAUACUUGGUGUUGCGGUUCUUAUUGUUUGUUAAGAAUGUAUAACAUCUUUAAUUUAAUAUGUACAAUAUUAUUUAAGAGGAUUGAAUUGUGCGUGUCCUAUUAUAAUGAAAGACGGUUUACUUUGAAUGAAAUGUUAAGUUUUGUUUUUGCUAAAUAUCCAAAUUAGACCCAGUUGUUGUUAUUAUUUAGUACAAAUUUAAACACCAAUGCAAUUUUGGACCCCCCUUUUAUGUUGUGUAUUAGGUCACAGAUUCUUUAAGCACUGUUUUCGAUGUCAGUUUUGCUCUGCUGACUGAAAACCGUGCUGCGUUCAUGAAACGGUGUGUUGUGAUUUUUCACCAAAGCUAUUAAGGAUGUACAACAGGUGAAGCUUGAAAACAUUUUGAUUAUAAGACCUGUUAGACGAACCUGUCAGACAUUUCACAGGCAGCCUUGUGUACGUGUGUGUAUGAGUGAGUGAGUGUGUGUCCAUUGUGUGCGCUGAAUGUGUUUGUAAGGUGACCUGAUACACAAAUAGCCCAUUAUAAAAUCUGUAAAGUCAAAUAAGACUAUGAUUAUACAUAAAAAUGUUGUUUGUGGUAUAAUCUGGGUGCGACCUGUGGUAAGAACAUCUAGGACAAAGUGUCAAUAAAUCGUCUGUUUUUCCAAUA